GUGAGCUCAAACUCUGUGUUGUGGCUGUAUUGUUGACGUUCUUCCACGAUCUGGUUUCGUUUAACAAUUGCAAAAAAUUGUAGUUAUUUGUCAUCGAAAUGCUAAUCCGUCAAAUCGUUAUGGGUCGCCAUGCAAUCGAGCAGGUGUACAUCGUAAAAUCAUCUCUGGAAUGUAGCUUAUACAAAGAAGAAGCCGCAAUUGAUGAAAAUGUUGUCGUACAUAACGAAUGUUUGGAACAGGAAGCUGUACCGAAAAAUAUGGUGUUAAUUGACUCGCCGAAACACGAAUCUAGCCGCAGUAUCCAAGGGCAUGAGCUUCACGGUGAUAAGGAACCUAUAGAUAUUGAAGACGAUACCGUGAGAAACGUGCAAGAUUUGAAACGGGAUUUUCAGCACGGUAUGUGUUUUAUAUGCAAUUCUGCAUUUGACUCAAAAGAUGAUCUGAAAAGCCACUUAAAUGAAAUGCAUAAAGAUAUGCUGCCUUAUAAGUGUGACAAAUGCCCGUCGACACAGACUAAAUCCGGCCUUGCAAUGAAUCGUCAUUUUGCCCAACAUUUGAAAAAACGCGAAUUCGACUGCACUUAUUGUCUGGUUAGAUUUGAAACGGAGAGUCAUCAGAAGGAACACGAACGGCAAAUCCAUGGUGAAAGUUCAGGUAAUGACAAAACCCUUCACAUAAAGAAAGCUCGUUACGUUUGUAGACAUUGCGGUAAAAGGCUUGCUACAAUGUGCAGUUUGGAGCAACAUGAAAGGAAACAUAUGGUCGCUGAGAUACAAAAACCUCAGCAUAAUUGUUACGUGUGCCGGGAGCACUACUCGUCCUUGGAAGCUUUAAACCAGCAUCUGAAUAUCCAUGCGGAUAAACUGCCUUAUAGAUGUCAUAUAUGCAGACCAUCUGAAAAAGGACUUACUUCGGUACGUCGUAUGAACAAACACAUGGCGAUACAUCAAAAAAACAUCAUGAUGGGAUGUGUUUAUUGUGAAGAAAGAUUCUUCACAUUGAAAGAGUGCCAGAAACAUGAACAGCUCGUUCAUGGGACGACGAAGGAACAGCUAGAAGCAACAGCAGAACUUAUGCCCAAAAGAUCUAAGAAAGGUAGAAAACCGUUCGUUAGUGAAAAUUCAUCCAAAACGAUAAUCGUUGAUGGAACUAAACGUUAUGCGUGUGCGUACUGUGAAAAUUCGUAUUCUCUGCUAAGUACGUUACGUCGCCAUGAAAAUACCCAUACUGGAGCGAAACAGUAUACCUGUAAGACUUGUGACAAAACGUUCCAUAAAUCUUCUUGCUUGCUGUAUCAUCAACUAACUCAUACCGGUAUUAAUCCAUACAAAUGUUCACAAUGCGGCAAGGGGUUCAAGGAAUCUAUCCGUUUGAUAGAACACCGUCGGUGCCACACAGGCGAAAAGCCAUUCCAGUGUAAGAAUUGUUUAUCACGGUUCCGUAUUAAGGCAAUGUUGAAAGAACAUCUUUCAAAAUGCGGUAGUCUCCAAACACGUAUCGAGGAAUGCUGUUGUCAGCUAUGCAAACAAACGUUUUCUGGGUACAGUGAAUUAAUUCAGCAUACAAAAGAAACUCAUAAUGAGCUUCUAUCAGCGAAAGAGAGGCGUUGCAACCGUUGCGAUCUGUGCUUCAAAACGAUGUCAGCAAAAUUGGAGCAUGAAUUUCAGCAUAAUCAGCCAGGUGUGAUUGAGUGUAUGCAAUGUGGAAGGAUGUUCAAGCAGCGAGCAAAUCUGAUUCGUCAUCAAAAACUACAUACAGAAGACGCCUUGCGAUUCACUUGCGACGUGUGCGGAAAAUCUUUCUCGCAAGCUGGUGCUUUGAAAAUCCACACAAGGACGCAUACCGGAGAACGGCCCUAUUCGUGUGAACUUUGUUCUGAACGCUUUCAUCACAGCGCUUCAGUGGGACGCCAUAAACAACUGCACUACAAUAUUAACAGCAAAUAUUAUUUGUUCGGUUCGUCUACUUCUUUAAGUUCGACAGUUCAGUCCGGCUCGAAAAAAACAUAGUUAUCUUUUUCUUCUGAGAUGAUCCAAUCAGAUUACUAAAAUACAGUGUCUAUCGUAGCUAAGUUUAUUUAAACAAAACAAAAAUUUCAGAAAAUUCGUGAAUGAAAAAUCAAUUGUAGUGAAUGUUUAAGUUUUUAUCAAGUUGCCAUUGCUUACAUGCGACAAUUAAGCCAUUAGGCUACGUGGUCAGAAGCGUUUGCAUCAUAAUUUAAGGAUGCUGGUAAAUGAUAUUUAAAGAGAGACGAGUACACGAAUAAACCCGAAGAUGAAGCAAGAUAUACACGAAGAUGAAACAGUUACUAAGAAGACAUAAAAGUAUCACGACGCUGAUUAAGGGAAAUAUUAAAUAUACAUACACAAUACAUAUACAAUAGACAUAUAGUGACGAAACAUUGUUAUAUAUAGGACAGAGUGGGUCGUUAUGACCAGUGAGAGAGACGAGUGCGCGUCAAUCCUGAGUUUCAGAUAAGGACGUCCUUACAAACAUCGGACAGGAGCAGAUAAGUACUACUAUAACACAUCUGUUUAACACUUCUAGACGUAAUAGCGAGAAAUUCUUAAGUGAUAAUACUAGUGAAAAGUAAACGAAAAUGAUACAAUUAAAAG